AUGGACUACAAAACGAGAUUCGUGCAAGAUCUGUGCAAAACCCGUACCGAAAAUUAUGAAGAACUGCUACAUUUUGCGUCCAAUGAAGCACAAUUUCUCCAAAAUGUUCGCAAUCUCCGUAAGCCGUCCGUAGAGGCGUUGUUGUACGUGUUGCUGAUGAAACAGCGUGGUACGCUUCCCGGAAACUUGUUUGGCAGGAGCGAAAAUUACACGCUGCGGCUCCUUUUACCUAUCAUCAACGAAAACCAUUUACGGUUGCAGUCAGAAAGCGAUACGUUCGGAUGCCUCUUGAGUGCAUUAGCGGUGAUUGUAUUGCUCGAACCCGAUGCUGAAGUAAUUCGUUCGCAAGCGGCAGCGUUUGUGACGGAGUUUGAAGAGAAUCUGCACGAGCUGCCCCUCUACUACGAUGUAUUACGCACGCUGCUAAUAUUGGCCAAAGAACGCCCGGAGCUUGAAGGAAUUUUUCACACAUUAGAUGCCCGGCAAAUGGUUCGUCGACUAACGUCUGCUUCGAACGCGAUACGAAUGAAGAGUCUGGCCUGUCUGCAGUUAUUGCUGCAAUUCAACCCACGGAUCUUCGACGAGUGGCUUUUGACCGUGACGGACGAUGAACAGCGGCUAAUGGUUGAGCAACGAGCGUUUAUGGUAUUUCAGUUGAUGGAAACGUUGCUGCAAAUAGAUGACGAUAGGAGCAUGGAAAUGUUGAAGAUGUUGCAGUGUGAUCACGUGUGGACCAUCGUAAUGGAAGGACUGCGCUCGAAGGAUAACGUAUGUCGCAAAGAGUCCCUCGCCGUUAUACAAUAUGCCAUCGGAUAUGCGAAGCAGUGCAAUUCAGAUAUAAAUGGCACGUUUUUCCACUGGCCGCAAAACCAAUUGCUCUCCACGGGUUGGCAAUCACUCGUGACGAUCAUCGAAGCACUGAGCGAAACACAAGCGCAUCUCAUUCUGCCCGCCAUGGAGUUAUUGAGCAAAGUUUCUGUACUUGACAUCGCUUGGAGGAACGUGGUCUUGGGGCGCAUACUGCUCCACGAAAGCCCUCACGUCGUCCAAUAUGGAAUACAACAUUUUCUGGAGCUACAUUCAUUCGAUGCUGCUGACGUUACACUGGAAAAGCUAUUUUUGGAAACAUUCAACCGAGCCGCAUUGUUCGAGCCAGUUCAGGAUACGAUUCAUGACCUUACGCAGCACUAUAACACACCCGCGGCGUUCGAUUUCUUGCUGGACUACGCACAGGUUAUUCCCUGGAAUUCUGUGCAAUAUUAUUGUGUAGCAUGUGUAAUGUACGAACAAGUAGACCUUGUGGAAAACGCCGAUCGAGAAACUCUUAAGGCACUGGAAAAGUGUGUAAAAUGUUGCCAACACUUAAAAAACGUUUCUCUGCGAUACGUAACCGUCUUGCUGCUGCUGAAAACUAUUGCCAAGUUUGUGAAACUUCAUCAACCACCGAACAGCUCUAACACACUUCUAUCGAUCAUGGUGGAAGUUGAGAAGAUUUUACCAAAAUUUUCGCUAUCAUUUGAACAAUUGAAGGAUGAAUCGGGCUCACCAUUUUGUGACAUGAUCGACGAAAAAUCUCUUAUAGAAUUUGCUUCCAGCCUGAAUGCAGAAAAUGAAUGUUUGAUCCUCGAUUCAUUAAUCAUGGAAAAAUUGAGAUACAUCGACCUAAAUGAAACUUUUAGCAUACUGGAACGAGCCAAUCUAGGAAUGUUACUGCACAUCAUCAAACUUCUCCCAGAAUAUGUUUCCUAUCAGCAUAUUCCCAAGAUCUGGCAUCUGACGUUGGAUGUUGCUAGAAAAGCUAUUGAAUCGGAAACAUAUAUUGACGAGGAAUCGUUUUGCGUUCUCCGUGAUAUGGCCUCAAUAAUUGGGUUGAAUAGGUCGAUAUGUGAAGAAUGGAAAGAUCUUUUGAACAAGCUGUACGAGAAAAUUGAACGUCGUUUGAUCGUCUGCUUCGAUUACUCACAAUCCGUCGCUAUUCAUACCAUUCAAUUGGCGCAUAUUUGUGCGGUUCAACUCAAAUGCACAGAAGUGCCUUUGUCAUUUUACAAUUGCGUAUGCCUCCGUGAGCUAAGGAAUGAGUUCCGGCGCCAUGUGUCGACUGGUCCUUCGCUCGAAGAAGUUUAUGUGAUGAUCUCUGAAAUCUACCUUCAGCAUGCUAAGAUAGUUAACCAUCCAAUAUUGGUAAGCGAGGAUGAUGACCCGAAACUAGUCAGCCUACUAGAAGUGGGAAACCACAAGGUGCUGAGUAACGUUAUUUCGAUUCUUUAUUACUGUCCGCAACUACCAUUUGAUGAUUAUGAUGUUCCAACUUUUGAUAUCAUCCGGCGUUGCUACAAAGAGAUACUAAACUAUCGUAAAUCGGAUCACUUUAUGUCGUUGCUGAAAUCGUUCAUCGAAAUGCUGUUCAAACCGUAUCAAAGGAAUAAAAUGUAUUGGAUAGACGAGUACGAUGUUGACUGUCUGAUUACCUGCGAUGUCGCGGAGUACAUUAAUAAGUUUCUCGAACAAGCCAGCACCAUUUCCGGAUUGGCGAAUAUUGUGUUCGAAAAUCUGUUGCAUUCUCACAUCGGUAUUCUUCUGCAAUACACACCAUUCGGAAAACUGUUACUGCGCGGGAUGAUCUUCGGUGACGUUCAAAAGCGAGAACAGAGGAUUGAAAAUGAGGCUUUGGAGCACUGUGGGAUGAAAAUAGACUUUUUGGAUCAGAGCCGUUACGUCGCCCAGGCGGACGCUCGCGUCCGCGUGCUGUGCGUGCUGUUUCUGUAUCAGAUUGCGGAGACCAAUCACCCCGAUGCCAUGCUGUUCCUACUCAAACUAGAGCGAAUGCUUAUUGAAAAAUUUACGGAAAUAACGAAAGCAAAGGAAAGAUAUUAUGCAGACUCUAUCACGCAUCGGCAAAAGCUGCGCAUCAUUCAAGCCCUCUGCGUUGUUCUCAAACUGACCGGAACGAAACCUUACCCACUGUUAGAGGUGAUGCUUUAUGAAACGAAUCAACCCAACAUUAACUACCUCAUCGAGUUGAUCGUGGCCGACAGUGCGAUCGACACGCUAACCAUUGCGAACAAGCUGAAAGAUAACGAGGUAAAGGUAUCCGGCAUACAGUCCAUUUUCGUGAUCCUGUGGCUCCGGUGCUGCCAAACUAAAUCACUCGACAAACGGUAUAUCUAUCUCCUGCUACCGUGGACAAUGGCACAAAAUUUCUCCACCCGACUGUACGCACAGAUCGUGAUCAAGAAGCUGAUCGCAACCUUUUUUACUACCCACGGUCGUUUUAAGGAUAUCUAUGCCGCUGUCGACAGCUACCUUCGGCAAGGAAACGUUGAGCGUAACAUUGAAAAGUGCAUGCAAGAUUUUCGUUUUAAUACCCUUUUCGAUUAUGCCAACCUCUUGACGCUCGAGAACAUCUUUCACAACAUCCCGAGAGUAUCGGGCGCCCCGCCGGAAGACGUCGUUGGAACGCAAAUACUGCGGGAGUGUUUUGCAAGUCUCCAGCUAGACGAAACGAACCUGGGCGAAGCGCUUGACUUCGGUGAGCUGAGUGCGCAGAAAAAGGAGAAUCUCUUCCUUUCCCAGUCGGUAGGAGGUGCGGAUUUCAUUCAGCGUAAAAUAGUGCCACUAAAAAGCCUGGAACCGAACCAAGAGCUGCUGUUUGGACUACCCGAAAACCUGUGCCUUCGAAAGAUGGACCACAAAGAGGGGCUAAUUGUUGUAGCAAGUUUGGUCAACCGUGCUCCCAACCUCGGAGGUUUGGCCAGAACCUGCGAAAUAUUUGCUGUAAAACAACUUGUCAUAAACUCGCUGCGAGACAUCGAUAACAAAGAAUUUCAAGCCUUAAGCAUGACCGCCGAAAAAUGGCUAAACGUUGGAGAACUGAAAGCUCACCAAAUAGUCGAGUAUCUACGAGAGAUGAAAACCAAAGGAUACGCCAUCGUUGGGGCCGAGCAGACAACGGGCUGCAAACCCAUUCAACAACUCGUGUUCCCCAAGAAAUCAAUCCUCGUGCUCGGACACGAGAAGAAUGGCUUACCGGCAAAUAUCAUUCGGCAUCUUGAUCUGAUUGGCGAAAUACCGCAGUUCGGCGUGGUUCGUUCUCUCAACGUACACGUUACUGGUGCCAUUUUCAUUUGGGAAUACGCAAAACAGCAUCACCUCAUUCAGGACUAG